ACCUUACAGAGUCUCUUAGACAUUCCCACUCUCAGACUACCUUAACCUCACAUUUCAACGUGUUUGUUGUGUAUGUAUUUUAAAAAACUUUUUUAUUAAUAAAAAUAAGUGAAUAUGAGCGAUUCUGAAAAUAAAGAUUCUUUUGAGGAAUCAGACGUAAAAAUGGAGCAAGAUGACAUAAAACCUUCCACCAGCGGAGAAGUAUUGUUUCCCCUAGAAGCCAAGUUUUCAAAUAUCAAAAAUAAACAUGUCAGGACACAGCAGUUUCAAAAGGCAAAAAGGGAACUUAAAAAGGCCAAAAAAGAAGCAAAAAAGAUUAGAGAGAGGGAAGGAGCUCCUAAAAAAAUUCCUCAUACAAUUGAUAGCUUAAGAGUAAAGGAUGAAACAACUAUUACAAAUAUAGAGGAUGAAGAAAAUGAACUUAUAAAGGAUGAUCUGGAAAAGGAUGAAUUUAGUGAUUAUUACAAAAAUUCGUAUGAACCAAAAGUCCUCAUAACCUAUGCUGAUAACCCAAUGAGGAAAACUAGAAUAUUUGGAAGAGAACUAACCAGAAUUAUUCCAAAUUCAAUAUCAUUAUACAGGAACCGUUCAGGGGUAAAGAAAAUUGUUAAAAGAGCCAUUGAGAAAGAAUAUACAGAUGUCUUAGUUAUAAACGAAAAUAGAAAAGAACCAGACGGUCUCCUUGUCAUACAUCUUCCAAAUGGGCCAACAGCACAUUUUAAAGUCAGCAACGUUAGAAUAACGACGGAACUACGUAGAAACCAUAAAGAUAUUACAACACACAGGCCAGAAGUAGUCUUGAACAAUUUUACGACUCGCCUAGGAUUAACGGUUGGCCGAAUGCUUGGUGCUUUAUUUCAUUACGAACCAGAAUUUGUGGGACAAAGAUGUGUUACCUUCCACAACCAGAGAGACUUUGUGUUUUUUAGACAUUAUAGGUAUGGCUUUGACUCUGAAGGGAAAAAAGCAAAGUUAAGAGAACUAGGACCCAGGUUUACUUUAAAAUUACGAUCAUUGCAAAGGGGCACUUUUGAUAGCAAAUAUGGUCAAUAUGAAUGGAUUAAGGACGGUAGGAGGCACGACAUGGAAACUAGUAGGAGGAAGUUUGAUUUGUAGAAGUUUUUUUGUUAAUGAAGGACGCUAGCUAUUGAAUUAAUAAUUAUUAGGAUUAAUGAAAUAUUACACACUUCAACUAUUAUUAGAGUCAAAGGCGCUUCAUUAUUAUAAGGAAAAAACAUUGGUCACAAAGCUAAAUUAAAACUGCCUUAAUCUAUA